AUGGCAGUUCCACGAUACAGUUCUGGCGACGUGAGCCCUGCACCUCUGGGACGCAACCUUGAGUUUCCUGUAUCUGGGCGGAUCGCAAAGAAUCGCUUCCUCAAAAGCCCAAUGGCCGAGGUUCUCGCCACUUGGAGUCCCAAACACGUAUAUGAGCGAGGUAUUCCUACCGAUGAGCUUGUUGAAUUGUACAGAAGAUGGGGGGAAGGAAAGAAUAAUUGGGGUGUCAUUGUUACCGGAAAUAUCGAUACAAACUGGGCCAUGGUCAAUGGCCCAGGCGACAUGAUCAUCACUCCGGAUUGUCUCUUCGAGGGCGAGCGAUUCGAAAAGUUCACAGAGCUUGCCGCGGCAGCCAAGGCCGAUGGCAGUCUCAUUGUCGCCCAGAUCACUCAUCCGGGGAGACAGGUCCAGGCAUCGGUGAGCCCGACGUCUGUCUCCGCAUCUGCCGUUCAACUUGAGCCAAAGGACGGCAUGACUUUCGGCAAGCCCCACCCUGCCACGCGAGCCGAGAUGAAGAAGAUCGUGGAUGAGUUUGCAUAUGCGGCCGAGUACCUAGAAAAGGCUGGGUUCGAUGGAAUCGAGCUGCACGGGGCUCACGGAUACCUCAUCGCCCAGUUCCUCUCCCGGACCACCAACAAACGCACAGACGAGUACGGCGUCCAGACUACGGAGAAUCGCAUGCGGUUCCUCUCGGAUAUCGUGCGCGGUAUCAAGGCCAGAGUCUCGCCCAAGUUCAUCGUAUCCGCCAAACUGAACAGCGUGGAGUUCCAAGAAGGUGGCGUCACACCCGACGAGGCGCGUGAAGUGUGCGAGACUCUCGAGAAGCUCGGCCUCGAUUUUGUAGAGCUCAGUGGUGGCACAUACGAGGAAUUGGGCCUCAAGUUCGAGAGAGAGUCGACCAAGAUACGAGAGGGAUUCUUUCUGAAAUUCGCCCAGGCCAUCUCGCAGGCUCUGGGCCCGGACCGCAAGAUGAAGCUGUAUUUGUCCGGCGGCAUGCGCUCAGUCGGCCCCAUGGUUACGGCGCUCGACUCCGUGGACGGCAUUGGCCUCGGACGACCUGCAGCGGCUGAGCCUCGACUUGCGAGCGACAUUCUGGAAGGGCGUGCUGGCGGAGCGCUCAAGCCCCUCACCGCUGGUGAGGAAUUCCCCUUGAGUCUUAUGGCUGCCGGGGCUCAAAUCUGGCAGAUCGCCAGAGGAAAGGAGCCAUUCCAAUUGUGGGAUGAAAAAGUGCUCGCGCAGCUGGAACAGGACCUUAGAACAUGGUUUGGGAAGAAGACGGAGGAUGGAGACAAGCUUGAGCAUACGAAGCCCGUCGAGUACACUGGGCCACAGAAUGCGUACGGGUCCAGUGCGGCGGUGGUUGCAUAG